UGUGCCAGACAGUGUCUGCUGAGUUCUAGACUUCCAAUGGAACCAGGAAUCUGAUACAUGCAACGGUACCGUUUUCCACAUCAUUCAGGAAUUAUAUUUUCCUCUUCCUUGUCUGCUUCACCAUCUUCCUCAUCAAGCAAACUCAAAACCCCACUCUGCACUCCAAGUACCCCAAAUCUUUUCAAUUCCCUCUAUAAAUACCGUUAAAAAUCCCUCCAAAUUCCCCAAUCUCGAACACCUAUACUCACAAUUCCUAUUCUCAUUCUCAUUCUCAAUCUCCACCACCAAGAUGAUGAUCAGAAUUCGCAGCAGGGACGGCCUAGAGCGCGUCUCAGUCGAAAACCCAAACAUUACAGUUUCCCAACUCAAAACUCUAAUUCAGAACCAACUCAAUAUCCCAAUCCAAAACCAAACACUUUCCACCAAUCAAAACCUCCUCUUAGCCAAAUCACCCUCCGAUGUUCUUAAAUUCACUGACAUGUCAAACCCUAACACUCCUCUCUCUUCUCUCAACAUCACUCACGGCUCCAUUCUUUUCUUAACCUACGACGGCGAGAGAACCAUCGCCGGACCCGCAGUUAAUCCAGCUGGAUCGUUCGGUCGAAAGAUGACCAUGGAUGACCUAAUUGCUAAACAGAUGAGAAUUACGCGGCAAGAAAAUCCACAUUGUGAAUCGGUGUCGUUCGAUCGAGAUUGUGCUAAUGCUUUUCAACAGUAUGUUAAUGAAACACUUGUUUUUGCUGUUAAAAGAGGUGGCUUUAUGUAUGGAACAGUAUCCGAUGAUGGUAAAGUUGAGGUUCAUUAUAUUUACGAGCCCCCGCAGCAAGGAACAGAGGAGAAUUUAAUGCUUUUGAGGGAUCCAGAAGAGGAGAAAUUAGUGGAUGCGAUUGCAGUAGGGUUAGGGAUGAGAAGGGUAGGGUUUAUAUUUACUCAGACCAUUACACAGGAUAAAAAAGAUUACACCUUGUCGAACCGGGAGGUUUUGCAGGCCGCCGAACUUCAUGCUGAGAGUGAAUUGAAGGAGUGGGUUACCGCCAUUGUCAAGCUCGAAGUGAACGAGGAUGGUGGCGCUGAUGUGCAUUUUGAGGCUUUUCAAAUGAGUGAUAUGUGUAUUAGAUUGUUUAAGGAGGAUUGGUUUGAGAAAGAGAUCGCUGAGGAUUCGGAUCCUAAGUUGUCUAAAAUGAAGAAGGAUGUUGUUGUUGGCGGAAAAGAUGUUAGGGAGGUUGAUAAUGAUUUUUUCUUGGUUGUGGUUAAGAUUUUGGAUCACUUGGGUCCUCUUUCAUCAUCCUUCCCCAUAGAGAACAGAAUCAAUCAAGUGACAAAGAGGGCACUGAAGAGUCAUCUGGACCGAUUGAAAAAUCUAUCAUUCGUGAAAAGAAUUUCUGAUUUUCAUCUGCUGCUCUUUCUGGGAAGGUUUUUAGAUGUCUCUGAUGUUCCUGCGUUGGCAGAGUGCGUUCUAACCCAGACAGCAGUACCGGAAGGGUACCAGCUGAUCAUUGAAUCAGUGGCCAAUUCAUGAUGAUCACUGCUGUUGUUGGACAUGCAGAACUGGUUCCUCGGGGAGAUUCAAAUUUGCUGCUGUGCGUUUGCUGAAAUGGGCCCUGGAGCAAAAUCUGUGUUAUGAUUUCUGGUGGCAAAAAAGGGCCCUCCGAGUCCCAGCAACUUAAGUUACACAAUGUUCAUAUGUACUUCUAGUUUACUUGUCUAUUUAAAUUCAGUGUUUCCAUAUCUGAUGGUUUUAUUUCAUAUCUGUUAUUCUGCUGAAUGUUUUAGUAAUUGAGCACACCACAUUAGUUGUCUCA